UUUUUUGCUCCGAAGACGGGUAAAGCCAAGCGAGGCGCCAAGGCAAAGGCUGCAGCGAAACCAAAAACCAUCGACGACGAGAAAUUUAUUCCAUUGCAGCUCUGCUACUUUCGCCGCAUUGUUUUUGACGAAGUGCACGAAAUUAAUUGGGUUCGCUCCGACCGGCCGGAAUCUAGCAGCUUCAAACGAGCCCGCUAUCGCCACCUCCACGCCGCACACAAGUGGGGCCUCACCGGCACCCUGAACUUAGAUCCGGUGGAGAAAGGAGAUCCGCAGGCCGCACGGCUCAGCGGCCAGUUAUUGCAAGCCCACCGGGAGGCCCGCUCCACAGAACAAGUAGUGAAAUUGACGACCCUCCUGGAGGUGCCGAUACAGGGUCCGGAAAUCGAGCCGGUUGCGUAUGGCUGGCAAGAAAAGGGGAAGAAGCCGACGGACCUUGCGCCGGCCGAGCAGCACUGGGUGAACGAGAUGAAGACUUGCCAGCUGACGAACGCGCAGCGAUUUUUGGACUUCGCGGUGCGGCAGAACUUCAGCGCCGACGUCGAGUCUAUUCGCGUCGUGUCUCACGUGAAGACAGUGGAGCUCACACCCUGCGAGCGCCUGUUAUACGUGGACAAGCUGAAUGAGUUUGAGCACAUGGAUAGCGUGCACUUUCCCGAAUUUUGGAAGAAGCUGCGGGAAGAGCUGGUGAUGCUUUGCUCACACUCCUCCACCAGCAUCGACGCGCGGGGUCCCGCGGCUCUCGCAGACGCGCAAAAGCAGAAGCGCGAGCAGGACUUCCGGGCCGCGGUCGAGCGGGUGCAGCUCCUCUUGAAACAGGGCGAAGUCGUGCGGCGGUGCGAGCCGAGCAUGCCCGGAACGUUGGUCAGGGGAGCGGAAGCGAGAACAGCUGGCGAAAAGGCUUCCAUCUGGUGGAAGACUGCGCCGUUGGAUAUAAAUUGCGUGUCCCUCAUUGAGCAGGUCGGGAGCAAGAGCUCCGAAAGCAGUGAGGCUGGUGCUGGUGGACAACCGUCUACGCUAAUGGAGGUGCGGACGCGACUCGCGAGCGCUAUCGGUCAAAACGCUGAACUUCCGGUGCAGGACCUGUUCUAUGCUGGAUUUCGGCUCGCGUCGGGUACACGAGAAGACCGAGCGUCGUUAGCGGAGUUGUUGCGUCCUCGUGUGUUGCAGGAUACGCGCAACGCGUUGAAGCUUAGCAACUACGUUGGCGCUGACUUGUCCAAAUUGCGGUAUCUUGACCAGACUCUUGUCAGUGUGCGCGAAGAACUCCUUGGAGAGACAAAGUCGACGAUUUUGGCUGGCAUAAGGUGCGAGAUUGCGAGGGAGUUACGCGACACGGCAAUCCCAAGCAUUCUGGCUAAUUACCGCUUCAAGUCGUUCUUCGAGGCCAGCGUCGCGAGUUUCGGUGGCGCAAGCGACGCUGGAUCUGCACGCGAAUGUCCGAUCUGCCUCGAUGACGCAGCGAGUGAGUUUGUCGUCACACCGUGCGGACACACGUUUUGCAGGUCCUGCAUGGUCGGCGUAGCAGCGAAUGCGAAUGCCUCUGGCUCUUUCAAGUGUCCUACGUGCAGAAACCUUAUCCCAUCGAAAGCGAGUCUCUUCACGCCGGGCCAAGCGGUAGCGCAGCAGCAAAGAGAGCAAGCCGAAUUGUUCGCAUUGAUGGAUCACAACCAGGAGCAAAGCGACGAAGCAAUCGGGAAAAAGCUAGAGAUGCGCCGCCUGCGCGAGGGAAAGGAGGCAACCAUGGGGCAGGCUUCGAAGAUCGACGCGGUCUGCGCACUGCUGAAGGUGAUCAAGCAAAAAGACCCGGAAGCGAAGGCGCUCGUGUUCUGUCAGUGGAGCACCCUGCAGGCCAAGUUGUGCAUGGCGUUUCGAGAGCGACACUUCCGUUUUCGCCAGCUGGUGGGGUCGAUCGAGGGGAAGAACGAGCAGCUCCGGCUGUUCCAGGAAAGCAAGCAAGCGGCGAAUGAGGAGAAUCCCGACAUCCUGCUCUUGAACCUCGAAAGCCAAGUGUCGGGCGCCAAUCUGGUGACUGCGUCCUACAUCAUUUUCAUCCACCCAUUGGUCACCUCCGACCCGACUGCAGCGGCGGUGUCCGAGAAGCAAGCCAUCGCCCGCGUCCGCCGGAUCGGACAACGCAGAAAGGAAAUCCACGUGUACCGGUUCGUCACCAAGGACACCGUCGAGGAGGAAAUCUGGGGCGAAUUGAAGAAGGCAGGGAUGAUGCCGGGAACGGAGGAGGCAGGGCAGUAGCAUUGUUUAUUGCUGUCGCUCGGAGCGCUAUAUGGAUGUAUUGAUUCUAUGCUACGAUUAGGUAUGUGGACGCAGAGAUUGCCCCCGGUUGACCAUCGCAGAAUUUUUGGGCGCAGCUGCACGAAACUACGUGCGCCGUGCUUUUGCGUCCGGGUUUUAUAGCGAAAAGCAGUUCCUGACUUUAUCAAAUUGAAAUGUUAGUUAAUGUUAGUCAAUGUUUGUACGUGAGAGUCUCUCCGUGUGCAUAUCUCGAACUUAGAU